AAACUCAACCGGGUCAGGUACCACUCUACCAGUUCAACGUCCGAAAAGAUUUUGGAGUUUCAACUUCCAUAAACAAAACAAGAUUCAGAAUGAGAGCCAUUUCAAUUGGUUCUUCUAAAUCCCGAAAAACGAAUUAAAUGGGGACUGGACCCACAAGCCCUCAAAUCUUCAACCCCGUGAACUAGUCACCAUUGUUGUUUUCUACUAGUUCCAGUCCUUCCCGUUCUCUCUUCUAUUUAUAGCUUCAACCGCAUCAUCACCCCCCUUCAAAUUCAGAUUCCUUGUUGAGAUUUCCUCUUUGGUUGUUUGUUUUGGUUUUUAGGUGGGAUAAGUUGUUUUUGGUUGGUGGGUUGCUUGCUGUAAUGGCGGAUUCAUGGGUGAUAAUGGUGACUGCGCAGACACCUACUAAUAUAGCAGUGAUAAAAUACUGGGGGAAGAGGGAUGAGAAGCUUAUUUUGCCUGUUAAUGAUAGCAUAAGUGUUACUCUGGAUCCUGCACAUCUUUGUACUACCACUACUGUUGCCGUCAGUCCUAGUUUUGCUCAGGAUCGGAUGUGGCUUAAUGGGAAGGAGAUUUCCCUUUCUGGGGGCAGGUACCAAAAUUGUUUAAGGGAAAUUCGUGCUCGAGCCUGUGAUGUUGAGGAUAAAGAAAGGGGUAUCAAGAUUUCAAAGAAGGAUUGGGAGAAAUUGCAUGUACAUAUAGCUUCAUAUAACAAUUUCCCUACUGCUGCUGGAUUGGCUUCUUCAGCUGCUGGUUUUGCUUGUCUUGUUUUUGCCCUUGCAAAGCUGAUGAAUGCUAAAGAAGAUAAUAGUGAGCUUUCUGCUAUUGCAAGACAAGGUUCAGGCAGUGCUUGUCGUAGUUUGUUUGGUGGAUUUGUGAAGUGGAAAAUGGGAAAGGUUGAGGAUGGAAGUGACAGCCUUGCUGUUCAAGUUGUAGAUGAGAAGCACUGGGAUGAUCUUGUUAUUAUUAUUGCUGUGGUAAGUUCACGGCAGAAGGAAACGAGUAGCACCACAGGAAUGCGUGAGACUGUUGAAACCAGCUUGCUUUUGCAACAUAGAGCUAAGGAGAUAGUACCAAAACGCAUUGUACAAAUGGAAGAGUCCAUAAAAAACCGCAAUUUUGCAUCUUUUGCACACUUAACAUGUGCUGAUAGUAACCAGUUCCAUGCUGUCUGCAUGGAUACAUGUCCUCCAAUUUUCUACAUGAACGAUACAUCACACAGGAUAAUCAGCUGUGUUGAAAAAUGGAAUCGUUCUGUAGGAACACCUCAGGUGGCUUAUACUUUUGAUGCUGGGCCUAAUGCAGUUCUAAUUGCACAUAAUAGGAAGGCCGCUGCCCAGUUACUGCAGAAGCUGCUUUUCUAUUUCCCUCCAAAUUCUGAUACUGAAUUAAACAGUUAUGUUCUUGGUGAUAAGUCAAUACUAAAAGAUGCUGGGAUUGAAGAUUUGAAGGAUGUGGAAGCAUUGCCACCACCUCCAGAAAUUAAAGAUGCCCCAAGGUACAAAGGGGAUGUUAGUUAUUUCAUCUGUACAAGACCAGGCCAGGGUCCGGUUUUGCUCUCUGAUGAAAGUCAGGCUCUUCUCAGCCCUGAAACUGGGCUCCCUAAAUAAAAGGGGUAUCCGUUGCCCUUUCUCUUUCACUUCUGUUAUCUUGCGGUGUCGAGGCAAACCUCACUUUGAGCCUGAUGAUUGUUUUCUGUAAUUGAAGUUACAGGGAAGCAAUCCUCUGUAACUGUUCCUUACGAACUUGCUGUGAUGCGGCUUUUGUCUUGCAUUUGUAAUUCAUUUUUUUGCUUCAGGGUCCAUUUAGAGUUUACUUGUGAAGAACAGUUCAUUUAAGUUUCUUUCAGCCACAAGUCUUGAAAUAGCUUAUACAGUGAUUCAAAAAAAAUUCUGUAUUUCUGUUGCUCUGUUCAGUGAAUAAAUUCUUAGUUGUUUGCCUGAAA